GUGGUGGCAGUGACAGAUUAGUGAGGUGAGCUGGAGGCAAAUGGCUAAAGUAGAGCUGGCACCGUUCAGACGGUGGGACGACUUCUUCCCCGGCUCGGAGAGAUUCGCUAAACCAGAUGUGAAAGAUCUGGCGAAAUGGAACAACAGAGUUGUCAGCAACCUGCUUUAUUAUCAGACAAAUUAUUUUGCUUUGGCCAUCGUUGUUUUCCUCUUUGUCGGGUUCCUGAACCCUGUGGGGAUGUUCACAGCCAUGGCCGUGGUGUCGGCCAUCUUCCUGGGUGCAGUGUGGGCCGGAGAGAACGGCGCCGUCAUCAACAACUUCAAGAGGCAGAAUCCCACGGCGUUUGUGAUCGCGGUCAUGGUGGCCAGCUACCUCGUGAUCUCCAUGCUGGGAAGCGUCAUGGUGUUCAUGUCUGCAAUCACUCUACCUCUGGCUUUGAUAUUUGCACACGCUUCAUUUCGCCUCCGCAACAUGAAAAAUAAACUGGAGUACAAGAUCGAAGGAGCGGGACUGAAGAGGUCACUCAUGAGCAUUUUGCUGGAAGCCCUGGGUCAGCAAGAGGAGAACUUUCAAAAGAUCCAGAGCUUUCUGGAGGGAAAACUGAAGGAAUAAUUGGCCCUGGAAAGAAGCGCACACACAUGCACAUGUGUUCUUUUUUUUUUUUGGGCCAAAGAGCCUGAAAUUCUGAAUCUCCGUCUAAACCUCUGAAAGUAUGUUUCACAUGCAGUGUGUUUUAAAAGAAAGCUUAUAAUCUCAAGGGCUUUACCUUAACCUCAAUGUAUAUGUCACUCCACCCUGAACUUGCCAGGGCACUUUUAGAGUGAUAGGGGCAUCUCAGUGCUUCCUCACAUCUCUGCUAUGCAAUGUUUCAGUGUUCAAGUGCAGCACAGAAGAAGACUCUUUCCUAGGUAUGAAAUCUGCGUUUGAUCAGUCUCAGAAACGACUGUCAGUCCUGCCAGUUUACGCUCAACCAAAAACUGUGAAAGCAGUGCAAAGUGUUGUUUUGUAACAGAGAAUAAACUGUGAACACCCAACAUACAUAACAGCCAAGCUAUUCUAAAAACAGGAUUGUUGCAAGUUUCUGAAUGUCUCCUCAAAAAAUGUUAUGUAUGCAUUUGAAUGGAAACUUAUGGUCAUGCAAAUAAAGAGAGCCAGACAAAAGAGAAAGCGCUGCUUUGUCUUGAGCUAUGAAAUAAAUGUGUCUGUGAACCCAAAA